GUGACGGGUGAGCAGUACACCUCUGAGUACAGUACACCUGCUAAACGUUCCGCUUCCGCCCAGAUUUUCGCAGUUGAUAGACAAACGAUGGGUAAACGCAAAGCAGGUUCCUCUUCCUACGUAUUCAGCCUGCCCUUGCCCAAAAAGGCUCGAUGGUCGGCACUCACGUCGCGGCCGCGGCCAAGCGGCCAUGAAUUCGACGCAGCUUCGAAGCCUUCGGUGAGAGCAGCCAUAUACACGAAGGGUGACCCCAACAUCAUGGAACGGUCACCGAGCGAGGAUGUAGAAGUCGCUGAGGCGCAAAAAUGCUUGGAGUCGUUGUUGGAGCCUGUGCUGGAGGUGGAGAAGGUGCAGAUAGCCCAUGUGCAGAAUAUCUACAAGGCGGGAAAGACGACUGGGUUUGCAUUCCGAUUGUUUUCGAACGGGGUUUCGAAAAACUUGUCUUUGAACCCCAGUCGGACUACUUUGCAACAUAGGCACGAAGGAGACUACGAGGUCACCAGCGAUGUGGAAGAAGAGCGGAGGCGGCAGUUCGAUCGAAUUGUCGUUUCGGCUGACCAGUUAUACCAGUCUGCUUCGAAUGCGCCGCGGGAUACCUGGCGAGAUCGUGUCAUCACACUGAAAGACCUGGAAAAAAGCGCGAAAGAUGUGGCACGGACGAAAGGACACCAGACCCGAAAGAGCCAGCGGCGGCGGAGGUUUGAGGCGAUUUUGAAGGAACAAAACGGAUCGGCGCCUCGGCCCCGGCGUUCGUCAUCACCUCCAGCGCCUCGAAGUGCGGUUAAACCCCAAUAGGUGCAGUCUUCGGGCGGCGCAUUGGGGGACGUAAGCGGUUAGAGAUCUAGAUGGAUGUAUCUGUGAACCUCGUAGAGCUCACUUGAGCAUGUAGAUAACAUUUUUGGAACUAGAACUGAGUUGGGCACUACAUAAUAUAGUGACAAUACGCCAAGACC